AUAUGUAUUUUCGCGUCAUUUUAUUUCUAGUUUACACGUAAAAAUGAUUUCAUUCUUAAAUUUUCCAACUACUCGUAUUCCCGACACUUUAUCCAUAUCUUUAGUCCUUUUAUUUUUAACGGGUGUAGUUACUACUCUUGUAAUAAUUAUUUUAGGUAUUUUUCUGAUACCUAAAGAUCGUGUGUGUAGUCGAACCGCGGUAUAUUCCCAGCCGCAGAAAAAAAUUUGGAAUACACUAAUAAAAUUUGGAUCCUACCCACAAUGGAGAUCCAACGUUAUAAAGGUUGAAAUUAACCAACCGGGACAUAUUCCACCCGAUGGUUUUGAGUGGUUUAGGGAAUUUACACCACUCGGAAACAUAAAGUUUCGUAUUGUAGAACGUUGGGAAAACAAAUUAUUAAAGAGAGAGAUUGUACGCGAGAAAGGUGUUCAUUGCGGCAGUUGGACGAUUGAACUUGAAGAGAUAAGCGAAAACUCUACGAGAGUUACCAUUACUGAAAAAACUAGUGUUCAUAAUGUUUUAUACGGAGUAAUGGGAUUGAUUACAGGAUAUAAUCAAACAAUUGAUCUAUUUCUUACGGAUCUUGGUGCAAAAUUUGAACAACAAGUAAUAAUUACGGAUGAAACAAGAAGCUGAAAAAAAAAGAAUCCACGAACCACGAAAGAUCAGUUACUUUUUAAUAAUAUUAUAAUAGUGAUGAAAAUGAAGGAAAUGAUAUCAUGGUAAUCAAUGUGAUUGUAUAUAGCAUAAUCUCCAAGAAAUAUUGACAUUCGACUUAUAAUAUAAUUUUUAAUAUUUCCUUACU